AUGGGCGCUACAGACAAUAACUUUGUUUGUAAAACAGAGUUUGAAACAUCAGAUGUAGUACUAGGUCUUUUAUUAACUGUUGGUAUUGUUAUUUCCUUUUUGCCCCAGAUUAUCGUUAUGAUAUAUAGAAAAAAUGUAGAUGGGUUAUCAGUUAUUAUGUGUUGGUUAAAUUAUGCAAAUUUAAUCCAAUUAGCUCCACCAUUUUUAUGUUCAUUUGUCAUCUUUAUAUUAUACGUUAUAUAUAGACCAAGAUUAACCAGGGAACAAAUUAAUGAAAAUUCUAAAAUAAUACAAGAAAACCCACCAAUUAAAUAUCAUGAACAAAAUUCAUCAACAUUAUCACAAUCUGAAAAACCAAUAAAUAAUAAUGGUGCAGAUAGUAUUAAAAAUAGCAGUGAUGAAAAUAGCAAUAUAAGCAUUAGUUUAAAUUCAGAAGAUUCACCAGUCGACCAAAAUAAUAUUGCAAGUGGAAGUGGCAGUAGCAGUAGCAGUGGAAGUGGUAGUUCAGUUCAAAUUGUUGAGGGUGGAGGUAGCAUUGUCAAUGAUUCAAAUAUUGAAAAUAACUAUGAAAAAGAUCAACAAGAGAAACAACAAAUGAAACCAAAAAACAAAGUCGAUGCUUUUAUUAUCAAAAUGGAUUGGUACUCACAACCAUUAUUUUGGGGUAGUAUUGUAUUAUCAAUUAUAAUGUUUUCAGUUGGUGUCGGUAUUGUAUAUGGUGUUGGUCCCGAGUCAAAGGCUUUACAAAUCUAUGCUUUCUCCUGUGGUAUUUUUGCCAUGGUUUUAGUUUUCCUUCAAUGGAUCCCACAAAUCUACACUACCAUUAUUGCAAAUGAAAUCGGUAGUUUAAGUUUAGUAUCAGUUUGCAUUCAAGCACCAGGUGCAUUUUUAGUUAUGUAUUUCCAAAUUGAUUCAAAACAAAAUUGGUCAACAUGGGUUCCAUAUUUAGCAACAGGUAUCCAAAUGAUUGUUUUAAUUGUUAUUUGUGUUUAUUAUUUAAUUAGAGAUAGAAAGAAAAACAAGAAACUCAAAAAACAAGUAGAACAGGGCCAAAUUCAAGAUGAAUCCCCACAAAACUAUCAAACUGAAAAAACUAUAUAA